AUGGCCUGGAUCUCAUGUAGUACGCCUUUCACGGCAAUACCUCCACAUAACUCCCUCUAUUUUUGUACACUCGAACAUCAAAAAAUGUCCGCCCCCAACUCCGGCCGUCAGUCUCCUCCCCCCGAGCGCCAAACUGGCGCCCAGCAACAGGACCCCGUUGCUUCGGGACACACCCAGCAUGGUAUCCAUGGUGGUUCGAAGGGAGCCUCCGAGGACACUAAGUUCCAUGGACUCAGUAGCAACCCAAAACAUAUUUUGGAGGAUAUUGAGGCGAAGAAGUUUUCGAAGGGACCGGGGAAUUAA